AUGAGUUUAGUGAAAUCAUUUGAAUUGGCUCUAAUAUAAAACGAUGUCCUAUCCAAAGUGUUACCAAUAUUAAAGUUCAUCAAUCACACUAUCCCUUUCCCACAAAAGCAUAGUUCUAUCAAUGAACCCAGAAUUAUUAGAUAUUUACUGUAAUUACACUGUCAAAUACCAGACACUAUAGAUAUGAUUUUAAUCUCAUUGCUAAACAUAUUCAAACAUUCAAAGGAAUGGAUUAAUGGUUGUUUCAAGGCAAUUGAAGAGUAUGCUCAACUUCCAAAUCAAGGAAAUGGAAAGUAUGUCGCACUAGAAUUUUUAGAAACUGUUUUAACUGAAAUCUCAGAAUUGGAUUUUGAUAUUGACGAUAGAUGUUAUGCCUUCAUUAUAUUUCUUAAACAUGCAGAAAAUGAGAAAUUGGUCAGGGCAAUUAUGAAAAAAGUAGGAUAAAUCUAGCAAUAAUUAGGAAAUAGAAUGAGAUCUGCAAAUCAACUCAAUCAGCUAAUUGAAGAAACUGUACUAAAAUUAUACCAAGAAGAGGUUUAAAAGAAUUCAGAUGAAUUUCAUUAUUAGACUGUUGCCUUUGAAUUAUAAGAAAAGGGUAGCUAAGCAAGGAAAGGAUCCAAGCCAAAAAUGUCAUUGAUGGCAAUGAACAUACUUUAGUCUUAAUCUUUGUCCUAAAAAAUACCCUCCAAAUAACAGCUCAAUAAUGAUAAUUUAAAUAAUAGCAAUUCAGAUGAUUCUGUUAAGGGAAGUGAAAUGAACCUAGAUGAAAUUUUAAUUUAACAUAAACCAAGAAUCGAUUCAGAAUAAAGUGAAUAUCUAGCAGACAUAGAUGCGUUAUAAAAUUUAUUUGCUUAUAUUACUAAUCCAGUGGCUACGGAACCAGGAUUGAUCUUCGCUACAGAUGCCUUAGCAAAUGAUAUUCAAUUGCCUUGUGAUGAUAAUCAAUACAAAUUGCAUGUGAUUAAACCUGAUAAAUUAACCACUCUAAGAUCCUAUAAGGCUAUGUUAUUUCUUACAGAUUACCAUAAUCAUUAAAUGAUCAUGUAAAUUAACUAACAUACUAUGCAAAUUGCUUUUCGAAGUAUAUCUGGAUUCUUUCAAAACUAAUAAUCAAGUGGAAAUUUGACCCAUAUUAUUGGUUUACUCUAAUUUUACUUAAAGUAUGAAUUGAAAGAAACAGCUUACAAUUUUCUGUAUUUUUAAUUCCAUCAACAAUUCUUAGAUUAUCUGUGUACUCUUACAUUAUUAAUUUUAGACAAUCCCCUUUAUUUAGAUUUUCUUAUGCGAUUUAUGGAUCCAAAUUAUUCAAAAAUUCCUCAGGACUUAAGGAAUUAUAUUUGGUAAUUCCUCAAUCGCUAAGGAUAUAUUUCAAUAUUAGUAAGUAAAAUUACAAACAAGGAAAAGGAGGGAGUAUUUCCUAAAAGGAAAGAUAUAACUAAGGAAGGGUAUCAAUUUCUAAAGCAUAUUAAUGACUACAAAUUACAAUUACUAUAAGAUGAUGAUUAAGCUGCUAUAACUUAUUCUAUUAGCAGCAACAUAGAUCAAUAUUUAGGUCCUUUGAUUCCGGGAAAAACUUUGAUUUAAAAUAAGCAACUCCUUGAGAGAAAAAUGCUGUUAAGUUCACAUCUCAGAAGAGGCUCAGACCUAUCAAGUUUAGCGAGAUAAAUCAAUAAAGUUAUUAUUUAAGAAUAUAUUGAUUUGACUGAAUUAAAUCAAUAAGGAAGAGAUAUCGACAGAUUAUAGGAUGUGGUUUAAUUUUACAAGGAUAUUAGUACUCCUGCUGAGACUCCUACAUUAUAUAAUGUUUAUAGACAAACAUCAGAAGGAAUAAAAAAUAUCUAAUUUGAGUAGCGGUCUUAAAGAUCAUAAUUAACGGAGCCUCCCCUUAAUAUCAUUUAAUUAUAAAACACUUUUAAACUUCCAUCCUUAAACAUUUAACCUACAACCAUUAUCACUGAUUCAAUAACUCUAAAAAAUACUUAGCGUAAAUAAAAGUCAAUGACAUUCUCUGAAAACAUUCUUGCAUAAACAAUUAGUAAAAGAUCUGAUCAACCUUAAUAUAUGAGUCUCGUUGGUGUUAAUGAUAAUAGUUCAACUUUUAGAUAAAUGAAUGUAAUUUAGACACCAACUUCUUUGGCAAAAUUGUUUGUCCAUUAUCCAAAUUAAGAUAAUAGUGUUGUGGAUACAAUCAUGAAAGAGGAGUAUACAAAAUACGAAACUUAAAAUGAUGAAACGACAUCCUUUAGGAAUAGUACUCUAUUAAAAAACAUCAUUUAAUCAAUGCAAAAGUUUGAAUAUCAUUAUGCUUUUGAUGAAUUGUUGGAUGAUUAAUAUAUUUUGUUCGAAAAACUAUUGAACCAUUAUUCCAUUACGUAAACAGCAUUAUUUUAAAGUUCCUAUGAAGAUAAUAGUUCAAAUAAUUGUUAGACUAUUCUUAUUGAUCUUAUUUAAAGAAUCAAUAAAAAGCCAAUGAAUGAAAAAUUAACUAAAAUAUACAUAGCAUAUCUACCCAGAAUCUGUAGAAACUUAACUAAUAUGCAUAAGAUGUAGAAUUAAAAUAGAAAUAACAUGGAGUUAUUUACUAAUUAGAAUCAAAUGGGGAGUGUCAGAAUCUUUAGUACCAAAAUUAUAGAUUUGAUUUUAAGAAACUUUUAAUAAAGGAAUCAUCGAAUUUACUUAAAGGUCAAUGACACUUCCUCAUUCAGCCUUAAUGAAUAAUUCCAUUAAUUACCUAACCCUUUUUAUUAGCAGAUCUUUUAUUCUAUUAUGAAACAACUAUGCUUGUUCGCUUAAGAGAAACAGGUUUAAGCUAUUCUAUUUAAAGCUAAUUUAUUAGAAGGAAUCAGUUAAGCAUUCCAUAAAAAUGUUAUUAACAAAGUGAUGAUUAAACAAGGAAAUGUAGAGGUUUAUCUUAUCCAUUUAGCUUUGCUAAGUUAACUUAUCGUUUUAGUUUAUGAAUUAAGGGAUGAUUUACAAGUCUACAAAAGUUCUUUAUUGAGAUUGCAAUGCUUUUAGAAUCUAAAAGAAGUUAUAGACAUGUUUAAAAAUAAUAAAUUGAUUCAAUCAUAAGCUUUGGAUAUCUAAAAAUAACUUAGAAAAAAAAAAUGA